AUGAGAGCCGUGGGCAGUGUGCAUAAGAGGUUUUCCUCUUUCAGGGAAAUUCCAGGUCCAAAAUACACUCGUUUCAACUUCAACUACGGCCCGUACGCGUACCACAUCGACUACAAAGGACCUUCGGGAUUGAGCGAAAAAGUCAAUGCCAAGCCUGAGAAACUAUCGACUCUGAAGGAAAAUGGAGAAAUCUGGCACAAGCACAAGAAGGCCAAGGAAUUGUCCGAUAUUGUUGACGUCUUCACAAACUACGACGAAGCAAGUUUUCAAAAGACAAAAGAACUCGUCUCCGCCUCAAUACAUUCAAGUUCGCCUUCGAUUUCGGCCGAAAUCAGCAUCAACUCGGAAGGAAGCGAUCGAUUCUUGUGGUCCGAAUAUGGCGAAAAGUUGCAUCCAGCUUUUGGCGCAUGGUUCAGUCGCACUUUGCUUUAUAUUCUCCAGGGAGUCGAGGCCAAUCUCGACUUGGCGCAGGAGAAGAUGUUUUUCAGAGACGUCCAGGAACCGUUUCAUGUGACCAAGUACCGAGUCCCAGGCGACCACCUCAUGUCCCCAUCGCAAUUCAAAGAGUCACUUUUAAAUUUCUACGAAGACGUUGUCAAGCGCUCCGAAAUGCCGCCGAUAUGUAUCGCAAGGGAGCAAAUCGCCACGCCAAUUCCUCACGAAGACGAUCUUUAUUAUCACCUUGACGGGUCCAACUUGGUCAUGAUGGAUGUUUCGGAGAGUUAUUCGCACAAGAAUAGACCGAUUUAUGUCAGGGAAAGAAUAAGUGGAAAUUUGAGAUAUGCUGAGUGGCCAGAGCGCAAUAGAAGACUUCAGGCUCAAUACCCAACAAAGCACAGAUCCAUGAACAUUCCCCCUUCCGUCGACCCAGAUCACCCAGACAACUCAGAAAUCAUCGACAAUUUCCUUCGCGAGCACGGAUGGAAAGGUGCAGUCCAGCUGCUCGAAACAGCGCUUGCGACGUUCGACGAAAACGACGAUCAUUACUGCCGCCUACGGGAAAAGAUCAACGCGAAAUUAGCAAAAGACGGGCUUUUCGACCAUCUUUACGCGACGCGCCACGGCGGUCAAUUCAUCCUUUUCUUGUUACAAAACGGUUUUGCGGAGGAGUACGUAGAACACCUAAUUGACGCGAGAAAAGGAGCGUUGUGCGCUCAAGAAUUGCGCGCCUUCAUCAUUCUAAUGGAGAAAGAAAAGUCGGGCAGUUUUGAAGCUUCGGAGAAAUCAGAAGUCGAAUCGGCGUUUGACAGGAUUUUUACAAAGAAGCACUUUUCAUCCCCUCUUCUGAAAACGCUCCUAGACAAUCCAAAACUAAACGCAUCUUUAGAAGAAAGUUUAACAUACGAAAAUCGUUAUUUACUGAACGAAUAUCCUGACUAUAAAAAACACCUUUUAGUUUAA